AUGGCGAGAUCGCCUCAAAAGCGAACCUGUCGCCUUUUAUUGAGUAGAAAAUGCGUAUACUUGCUUUCUGCAUUGUAUGGAAUAUCUCUACUGGUGUCGUUCCUCAUUCACCAUUCUCUCAAUAGUUUUACACUAGAUGUCUUCUUUGAUACCUAUCGCGACAAUGCUUCAAGCUCCUUUGAUCCUUAUGCUGAGACACUUGCCCUACUGUCACCUCCAGGUAUGAUCGGAGGGUAUCGAAAUCAGGCCAUUCGAUUGGUCUCUCUGGUGCGGUAUGCUCAACGGUACAACAUAACGCAAAUACUUCUCCCCACCUUGCUCUUCAGCACAACAUUCCACGGUCAAAGCAACAAACUUUUCAUGCCAAUACCAAUGGACGAAGUCUUCGAUAUUGAUCACUGGAACUCAUUUGGAUCGAAAAUACCAAUCCUUGUGCCCUAUGUUGAGAAUUCAGACUGUUGGACAAACCACUCCAGCGAUGCCCCGCUAUCAGAGCAAAUGAUUAAUUCUCUUGCAUCAGAAUACGAGGUGUCUGUUCGAAAAGCCGAUGACAACAAGUUCGCAUCUCCCAUGGCUGGAAUGUUGCAGGAAAGGUCUUCGUUCCUGUCUCGAGUUUUAGAUAUCAAUAGGGCUCUUGUAAACGGGGAUUUGAGGUUGGCGAAACCUCGAAAGUUGGACCUUACACCCCUUGUCUACAACUGUUCUCGUCCUCAUGUCUACGGUGGAGGUCGAGGUGCUGGAAGACUAUGGAAUGAUUAUACACAUAUGGCAAAGUACAAUCCAUUGAGCGACAACAAUACUGAACAAGCUAUUCAGAACUCCGAACUUAUCAAAUUAGUUUCUCAUCAGGCUUUGAGACCUUCUCCAAAGUGGAAGUCUAUUGCGAAUCAAUGCGUCCGCUACUUCCAAGGUGGUAGUAGCGACAGGAUUGCUCCAUAUGUUGCUUUGCACGCUCGGGUAGAGGUUACUAUGAUGAAUCACCGCUGUGGAAAGAGCAUGGAGAAAAACUUGACUCAAAUCUUUUCGAUGGUAGAUUCGACUGCUGCGGAAUACAACAAGAAGCACGAAAAUAAGAUUCGCGGCAUCUUUGUCGCAGUCUCCAGGGAUGGUAUGCUAGAGCAUACGACCAAUUCCGAGACAUCGCAAAUGGCAAAAGAGAACUGGGAAACGUUGGCGCACCGAAGCAUUCCCAUCCAAACGGAAGAUGACUUCAGCACUCAAAUACCGUACUUUGAAUGCGGAGAACUAUGGAUGGAUCAUUGGUAUGGCUCGCAAAAUGAGGUCUCGAAAGAUUACUAUGGCUCAUUGGUCCCAUCAGUGAUGAAUUUCCACCUCGCAACGGAAGCGACAUUUUUUGUGGGGGUUAUGGGAAGUAGUUGGAGCAUCGAUGUGUGGACAACACGAUAUUACCAAGGAAAGGGUGGCAUGAAUUUUCAGUACACACCCACUGGAAUCAAACCUGUUGGAAUCGACGGUCGUCCGCCUUCACACGACAAUUGCUGA